AUGGUUGAAGAGGAAGAAGAGGAGGCGGAAGACGAAGAGACGGAGGGCGAGGCGAUGGCUCGGAUUGAAGGAGAAAUCGGCAAUCGCGUUGAGAUUGGAAUUGCAAAUGCGGAAGAAGUGCUCGAAGCCUUCACUGAAGCCAAAAUUCCCCACUUCUCCAUUCGUGCUGAUGAUCAGUUAACCCGUGUUCGCUACCGCCUUGUCAAGAAAAUUAAGAGCCUCAUCCUCAAUCGCGAGGCCAUAUUCGAGAGGGUGUAUCCGAUCACUCUAGAGGAGGGGGAAAACCUCGUAGCCAGUGGAUUUAAACACCUCUCACCCUUUACUCGAUUCUGCCCAGUCUCGUGGGACCGUGUUGCUCUCGCUCGUCUUCCUCCCAUCAAUCCUUCGCCCAUUCUCCGCUAUUCUCGUCUGGAUCGACGCCUCGUGGAAGCCCAACUGGGCGAUGAGAUUGAUCCAAAUGCGGCCAUUAAAAAGAGCAAAAAGGGCUCGGCAGGCGCGAUACAAACGUGUUGUGCGGUAUAUAGGGAAUGCGUCUACUGGUUUUCCUCAGAGGCUGAGAGAAGGGUGUUCAUGGCAAACCCGAUCGCGGUGAUCAGAAUGGCUGGAGAGCAGACACAGACUCUGGCACAUCAACCGCUUCAGGUAGCUGUCAUUGGUGGACCCACAUCCGAACGGGAGUUCAUAUCAAGACGCCUUGGGACAGAUUUGCACGUGGUUUACGUGACCACGACAAGGGCGGUUCAAUGGCUACUCAGUUCAGUGUGUCAAAGCUGGACAGCCCUAGCAGGACAGAUUCGGGGGGUCGUCAUGAGUGGGGCGGCACUUUGUGACGACCUAGUAACUAAGGCCCUCCGAGUGGCUCUCCUUGCUCCACAGAUCCAGGCCAGGGGAUCCAUCGAAGUGAGUUGGUUUGACAAUUGGAACAAUCAGGAGCCUCCGGACUGUCCAUUUCUCAAAGUCUGGCUCAGCAUGAAAGCUCGGCGUGGUGGAAAGGAGACAGGCAACUCUCCUAGCCAGACUAGAUUGCUGUGUCCUUCACCAUCCAGCUCCAGAAGUGUGGCGGCGGCGGACGUGGAGGAAGUGGUGUUGGCGACGAUCGUGAUGGGGCAGGUGGACGAGGUGGCGUGGGUAGCGGACUCUCUGGAAGCGAAGGUGAAGGAGGAGGUGGUAAAGGGAAAGGCGGCAGAGGAAGAAGCGGUGCCGAUGACUCGAGUGGCUCCAGAGGUGGACAGGGUAGACGAAGAGCUAGAGGAGGGAAAUACGGUUCAGAAGAUUUGGAGGGUGACUCAGAUGGACUCGGUCGUGAGGGAAGGGGAAGAGGUAGAAAAGGUGGAUUCGGUCUUGAUGGUGAAUGGGAUGAAAGAGACGGUGAAGGAGGAUUCGGCAGAAGAUAUGGAAGAGGAGGUGGAAAGAAUGGUUAUGAUGAUGAUAGUGGUGGUGGUGGUGGUGGAGAAGACGGCAGUAGACAAGGCAGAAGUCGAGGAAGAGGAAGAGGCUCUGCAUGGGAGAGGUGGAAGAAUUGGAAGGAGGGGAGGAAGUGAUGUUUCAUACGAUGAAGACGACAGUCAUGGAGGUGGUGGAAGACGUCGUCGGCGUCAGGGAAGGACUCAUGGAAGUGAGGACUCCGAAGGCUCUGGGCCUCAUGGAAGUCGCCGUAGAAGACACUACGGUGACAGAGAUGGCUCUGAAGAUGAGGACGAUUAUUUCUCCCUUUACGGCAAACGCAGUGGACAUGACAAGGUUGGCAAGGGUAGAUAUAGUGAUGAAAGUGACGAAGAGGCAGAAUGGAGGAGAAGACGUUACAGAAGGAUUGAUGAAGCAUUGGAGAGGCGCUAUGGGCUGCCUAGUGUGGAGGCAGAUCGACUGCCUGAUGAGAUUCUCAAACACUUCGCUUAUGUCGAGGCUGAGUCGGCGAGACGGGACUGGUUGAAGUCUCACAAUGGAUCGUUGACGGAUAUUCCUGCUGAAGAGAACGCUUUGGUUGCACUGAAAAAGGCCCUUCUGACCACCACACAUAGAAUGGCUCAUGUUAUGGAGUACAAUACCAACAGAAAAAGAAACAAACCAAUGAGCAUCUCAGAGAUGGGACUAACAAUGGAACAGUUUGAGAAGAAAAUUGGUGAAUUUGGAUGUUACUGUCCAGUGCGACUAGCAGAGAAUGACGAACUGUUCGAUUGCAGAGAGGAGUACACAGCUCCAUUGGUGACUAGGCUUCCCGGAGCGGAAGGCUGCCUUCCAAAAGCUCGCUACAACUCCGCUUUCUGCUCCACCUCUCUACGAUACACUGUGGACACCUCAGAUGCUGAUUUGCAUCCUCAUAUUCCCACAGAUUUGAGAUUUGCAGUGGAAUACAAUGGCAAGACGUACAGAACAGCGGGUCCAGAAGAACUGCGCAAAUUCAUGGCCAAUCCGGAGAAGUAUCUUCCUCCACAGGCGUUGAAAGCCCUCCCAGGUGUGGAUGACCUUCCGAAAAGGCUUCCCGUGGGAACGAUUCCUCACGACUCCUUUCCACGGCAAAUGGCUUUGCGUGGUUUCUGUCCGGUGUGCUUUCAGGAAACCAGACAGCAUUAUGAGGGUCUGCGCGAAGGCAAUGCCAAUAUUUUGGCUCUCUACCAGGGUAAAAUCUACGCAUUUUGCUCGGAGGAGUGUAGAACUAGGUUCAUGCAUGCUGCGAGGAAUCUCAAUAAAGGGGUGUCAAGUGUAUUUGACAGAUCCCUGUAA